UAAUUUGCAAGUCUGUGCAACAAAUACAAAUUACACAAGUAUGAGAAAUAAAAUUAAUUAUAAAUUCCUUUAACUGGGGAUAUUUAUGUUGUUAUGUAAAAUUAUACAUGUUAAUAUUCACCUUCAUUAGCUUUAGUUUAAUAAUAGUCGAAGCGAAGAGAGAAAUGUUAUAUAGUCGACAAUGAAAAUUAUCACCUGAGACUGCCUAAUAAUAGUAUUUCUUCAUAUUACACUUAAUUUCAAAAUGAACCCUGCAGCCUAUCGCAUGAUUGGUAAAAACCUGCGUCUUAAUUUCUAUAUUAAAAGUUUAGGUAAAAAGCUUAACUAUAGUACAAUAGAUGCUAUCGACACAUUCUCCUAUCUGGGCAGACACCUCAACAAAGGUGAUACUAUAAUACCUAGAUUUCCACAAAACCUGCAUAAUGAUUUCACUAAUAAUGAUGGAUACAUACGAACUUAUAAAACUGAUCUCUCUAAAUUGUCCGGAGUUGAAUUAGACAACAUUCUAUUAGAACUAGAAUAUCAAAACAAAGAUAAAGAAGUAAUACAAUUUAUCAAGGAAUGUGUUGAAAAUAAAAUAACUAUUGGAAAAGAUGUGAUUAAGAAACUAUUUAGAGUAUACAGUACAAGAGCUAAAGUUGAACUUGUAGAACUUUUACAAAAGUACUGUUCUAGGAUCACACCUGUCUUGUAUAAGAAAAAUGGAGAAUUUGUUCAUUAUGUUGCAAAAGCCCAAUGUAUGAAAGGUAAUUCUGAUAAAGGACUGUCUAUUUUACUUGAUGCCUAUAAAAAAAAUGUAAAUCUAAGAGGAUUUUACAGGAUAAUUUUAAAGGAACUAAUUCAGGACACAGUUAUGAACCGAUCAGAAGCUUCCCUUGUCAUUUUUAAAAGAUAUGUAUUAGAAUUUAGUAAUAAAUGGCAAGAAAAUUAUCCAUUGAUCUGUCUUUGGCAUAUUUGCUGGAAGAGUGAUUGGUUCUCUGAUCAAAUGUUGGCUGAUGAAUUAUUGGAGACAUCUAAGACUCUCCAAAGUAUUUUAGCAGACAUGUCACCUACUCUUUGUCUUAGUAUUUUAAAAGAAUACAAUGAAGAUGCUGUUACAAGACUCAUGCAGUCACUAUUAAAGUACAAAAUGAUGGAUCAAUAUGCUAAUGUAAUACAAAUUCUAUUUAACUUCAAGCUAAGAAACAAAGAUGUAAGAGGCUGCACAGAGAUUCUUCGGAAUUGUGAGGUGCUUGGAGUUUCCAUACCAUCAUACCAGCAGAGCCAGUUCAUCAAACUUAUGAUUGGAAAGGAAUGUGACAAAACAAUUCCUACUAAGGUUGAAGACUUUAAAUUUAAAUUUUAGUUUGUUGUCCAAAAAGUCUUUAAAGCUUGCUCGCUACAUGAGUCUGUGACAUUGUCGUUUUUUCGUAAAAGCAACACUUUUAAACCGUACAAUGUGAGGUUUAAGAUAUAUCAGUAUUUUGUAAUUAUUUAACUAAAUAAAAGAGUUUUGGGCUAUAUGCUACAUACAUAUAUAUAUACAUAGUACUGUAAUAAAUAUGACACAUUUCAAAGACAAGUAAAUUAAAAAGCAUAUUAAUUUAUAUGAGAGAUGUGGGCUAAAACAUACAUUUUGCAUGUUUAUGUGUAAUUGUUGUAUUUAUAGAUAUUGUUAAUAGAGAAAUAAUGAAUUCUAUAUUCAUGUUUUUGAAUUUCCAAUAUGUUUUUAUUAAAAGUUUUGUUACUAACAAUGAUAAGUACUAGAAAUUGUUAUUUGUAUAGCAGUAAAAUCAUGUUUUACAUCGUCAGAAUUGUAUAGUAUAAGAUUUAAUAGUAAUUCUGUAAAUAAAGAAGAUGUAUUGUACAUAUUGUCUGUAUAGUAUAGAUAAUAAAUUGGUUACACUUUUUCUA